AUGUCGCAUCAGGUGUCAGAACCAGAUGCCGGGACUUCCAACCAUACGGAUAGAAUUGCUAACGUCUGUAUAGACACUAACUCUAAACCUAAAGAUGGGUUGAUUAAACGAUUGGGCUACGAAAAGCAUAUCAAACAUAUUCACUCACUCGAAGAUUCGUUCGUGGAUUUUUGUGGAAGCAGCUCGAUACAUGGUGUUCAAUACAUCGGCUGUCGCAGUAGUUCCUACAUAGAGAAGCUUUUAUGGACGAUUGUAUUCUUGAUCACUCUAUACUUUGCCGGUACGAAUAUUAUCGAGGCGUGGAUAAAAUGGGAGAAGAAUCCGGUGAAAACUGCGCCACUAGAUUCAGUAACUUUCAGUUGGGAGAUUCCAUUUCCUGCAGUGACUAUUUGUCCUCAAACAAAAUCCAAAAGGUCACUGUUUGAAAUUAUGGAAGCAUAUCGGGAAACCGAAGGUGACCCAAAUAAUUUCGACGACCGUCUGAAAGGGUUACUGCAAUUGUGCGACGCACCUUGUUUGUACAAUAUCAAUUAUUCAACACCUGCGAGUCCAAAUAUCGUGCGUGUGAUUAAUGAAGUAGCUCCCACAUUGGAAGAUGUUUGCGAGAGCCUCACAUGGAAUCUAGAUAAAUUAAACUGUACUGGAUUGUUUCAGCGAGUGUUGACCGAGGACGGUGUGUGUUUUAGUUUCAAUCCCAUUUCCGCUAAGGAGUUAUUUCGCGAGGAUCGGUUGCAUCGGCAAUAUAGUUAUAGCGAAGCUUUCAUUCCUAUUCAAAAUUGGGAUCCGGAAAUUGGAUACGGAUCAAUAGAUGCCGAAGUGGAAUACCCAAGACGGUCUUUUUUAGAUGACAAGAAGAUUGAUUUGGUUAUUAAUCUACGAUUAAAUCAAAACGAUUUCGAUUACGGUUGUCGGACCGAACAAGGUUUCAUGGUUUAUGUACACUCUCCGCAAGAUUUUCCACAAGCAAACUAUCGAGCAAUCUACGUGCCGAUGGGAAAAAGUACAUAUGUGACCGUCAAGGCAAAGAUAACAGAACUAUCCCAAAAGUUGUUGCAAUUUCCACCGGAAAGUGUUUCAUAUACCCAGAUAAGCGUUCACUACAACAAGGAAAAAUUUCCAACUUUCGAACGAACGGAUUCCUACACACUGACCGAACUGCUUGGAACAUUCGGUGGUUUGUUAGGACUUUUCAUGGGAGUGUCAUUGCUAAGCUUCGUGGAAAUCGUUUACUUUUGUACCCUUCGACCAUUCUGCGUUUGGCGAGGAAAACAUCGAAAGCUAAGACUGCUACAACAACAGGCCAAUACACGAAGAGCUCUCGAUGAAACACCAAUGUAGUGCAAGUAAAUGAUUAUUUACAUCAUUUCGGAAACUUUUUUCAAACUUUUUGAAGACUCUACUCUCAUACCGUGUGAAUCACAUGAAAUAUUCAAAAGGCGGGGAUUUCUCUAGUACAUAACAGGUUUGCUUGUUGCAACUUUUCCUUCAGCGGGAACAUGCGCAGAGCCUUCUAAAGCUUUCACCUAGUUUUUUACUACCGCUUACUCACACGACCA